AUGUUAUUCUCGCGCGUGACCCGAGCGCGACUAGGGCGCCGAAUCCCUAUACCACAUGCAAGUCGUCAGUAUUCGACAAAAGGACCAUCUUCCAAUCUGAGGAGGAAUGUUGCGCUUUUUGGGUUCAUCGGUUCUCCAGGCCUUUGGUGGUUGACAACAACCCGGGAUGAUGUUCCGCGCCUUGAAUGCCCUCCAACGGAGCACUUGAACUUUACGCCGGGCCCUUCUCCAAGUCAAGUUACGAAAAUCAUCUCGGACGGCGCGUAUUCUUUCAAGGUCAAGGACGUCGCCGGUGUCAACCGAUAUGAUGGCGCACAACUGGCUUCGAACAGUCCAUGUGAGGACAGAUUCGUCCACGGCAAACUCCCAUCGCCGCGAAAUGACGGCAAUGAGUGGAUGACCUGGGCUGUAUUUGACGGACAUGCCGGUUCUCAGACUGCCGACCUGCUCGAGAAGCAGCUCAUUUCAUUCGUGGCACAUAGCCUGAAGCAGGUGGAAUCGCUGCCAGGCAACGAUCCGACGGCACAAGAAUCGAUUCAAAAGGCCAUCACUGAAGGAUUCUUGAACCUGGACAAAGAGAUCAUCGAUGCAGCUAUUGAUUUACCUCAGAGCAAAAUACCAUUUCAAGAGAAAGCGAAGAUGCUUGCUCCUGCCUAUGCCGGUUCCUGUGCGCUACUAUCCAUUUAUGACUCCAUCACGAGCAUACUGCACGUGGCAUGCACCGGCGACUCAAGGGCGGUUCUCGGACAACAAAGACCUGACGGCAAAUGGGAAGCAAUCCCUCUAUCCAUUGAUCAGACCGGUUACAAUCAGGAUGAAGUUUCCCGGUUACAACAGGAUCAUCCCGGAGAAGGAAACAUGAUCAAAGAUGGCCGUGUUCUCGGCCUGGCAGUCUCCCGGGCCUUUGGUGAUAGUCGGUGGAAGUGGCCUUUGGAAUUUCAGAAGAAUAUGAAGACUGACUUCAAUGGCCCUUCGCCCUUGGUUCCCAGGUACGAUGUUCGAACGCCUCCAUACUUGACCGCGGAACCUGUCAUUACCUCUACGAAGAUCGACCCCAGCCGGCCUUCUUUCCUCAUUAUGGCGUCCGAUGGACUGUGGGAUAUGCUCUCUAAUGAGCAAGCUGUCAACUUGGUGGGCAAAUGGCUGGAGUCGUCAGACAAAAGAGGAGUGGAGCUAGAACCGACCUAUGAACCGUUUGACUUUGGGCAAUUCUGGAAGGGAAUAAACUGGAAAUUCGUGGAAGAAAGAACAACUGUUCAAGAUGACAAUGCUGCUGUGCAUCUGGUACGCAAUUCGCUGGGAGGAAAUCAUCACGAGUUGAUUGCUGGCCGACUCAGCUUCUCGGCACCUUUCUCUCGGCACAUUCGAGACGACAUCACUGUACAGGUGGCAUUUCUCAAUGUUCCAGGGUUGUAA